AUCUCGUCACCGAAUUUCCCAUCCCCCACACAGUUCACUCGCCACCACCGAUUAGAAUCUCCGACGUGUUCCGUCGCGGAAUCCAAUCCCGAGGUAUCUCGUCGCCGAAUUCGUUUCCCCUUCAUUAAAUAGCACCGAAUCCGUCUCCUUCCUCUCUCUCUCUCUCUCUCUCUCUCUCUCUCUCCACCUUCGCGCUCCCUCCCAUGGCGUACCUCAGCAUGGGCGAGGCUCACCGCCGCAUCUCCUCUUACCUCGCGAGCUUCUCCGACGCCAUCGCCGCCCAGGACGGCGGAGCCCUCAAGCCCCUCCUCGCCGUCUCCUCCUCCUCCUCCCCUUGCCCUCUCCUCGGCGUCGCCGAUGCCCUCGUCGCCUUCCACGAUUGGCCCCGCUUGGUGAACCAAUCGGAGAGGUUCUCCAACCUCGGGGAAACCAUAAUCCCCCUCCUCCGAUCCCUCCAGAGCUAUCGCCUCCGCCGCUUCGCUGACGCCUACGCCUCCUACGAGAAAGCUGCGAAUUCGUUUCUACAGGAGUUUCGGAAUUGGGAGACGCCGUGGGCGAUGGAGGCGAUGCAAGUUGUAGCGCUCGAGAUAAGGUUGCUUGCUGAGAAGGCCGAUAGGGAGUUGGCAUUGAAUGAUAAGAAUCCAGAGAAGCUGCAGAGCGCAGGAUCGUUCUUGAUGAAGGUCUUCGGGGCUCUUGCGGGCAAAGGACCUAAGCGUGUUGGAGCAUUGUAUGUCACCUGCCAAUUGUUCAAAAUAUACUUCAAGCUUGGCACUGUUCACCUUUGUCGCAGCGUCAUAAGAAGUAUUGAAACUGCUCGGAUAUUUGACUUUGAGGAGUUUCCAGCUAAAGACAAGGUCACAUACAUGUAUUACACGGGUCGCUUGGAGGUCUUUAAUGAAAAUUUUCUUGCUGCCGAUCAGAAGUUAACGUAUGCAUUGACGCAUUGCAACUCUAGAAGUCGAACAAAUUUAAGGAUGAUUUUGAAGUAUCUUAUUCCAGUAAAGCUUUCAAUAGGUAUCUUGCCUAAAAUGUGGCUUCUCGAGAAGUAUAAUUUAGUUGAGUAUGCAGAUGUUGUGAAUGCACUGAAAAGGGGAGAUCUCCAACUUCUAAGGCGGGCUCUUCAACAGCAUGAAGACCAGUUCUUAAGAUCAGGUGUGUACCUGGUGCUGGAGAAGCUAGAACUACAGGUCUAUCAAAGAUUAGUGAAGAAAAUUUACAUAAUCCAAAAACAAAAGGACCCCAGCAAGGCACAUCAAAUUAAGCUGGAAGUAAUCGUCAAAGCAUUGAAAUGGCUUGAAAUUGACAUGGAUGUCGACGAGGUGGAGUGUAUAAUGUCCAUUCUCAUUUACAAGAACCUUAUGAAGGGUUAUUUCGCGCACAAAAGCAAAGUCGUCGUUCUCAGCAAACAAGAUCCUUUUCCUAAACUGAACGGGAAACCCGUCGGAUCGUAACAGCAAAACUUCUUGUGGAAUUUGCCUGUUGAUGGUAGGAUUUUUUGUUAUCUUUGCUUAAUUAUUGUUGUAAAACUUUUUGUAGAACAAUUCACAGUAUAAGCAUUGCUAAUUUAGUGGUUGAGCUUAAGUGUAGCAGGUGGCCUUUUGGGGCAUGUUAUUUUUUAUCUUCAUAAUCAUCAUGUAAAGUUUCUUCACCAUUUCAAGUUCCCCAUUGAUCUUUUUUUUUUC